CCCUGGUAUGUACAACAAGGAGGAGAAUCCCCGAGUUCCUAUCAUAGUCACCAGUAAUGACUUCUCCACAUAGUACGCUCCUCUUAUUCGUGAUGGUUGCAUGGAAAAAUUCUACUGGGCUCCUACUAGGGAAGACCGGAUUGGUGUUUGCACUGGCAUUUUCCGAACUGACCAUGUUCCUCCAGAGGACAUAGUGAAGCUUGUUGAUACAUUCCCUGGGCAGUCAAUCGACUUCUUUGGAGCCCUGAGGGCAAGAGUGUAUGACGAUGAAGUGAAGAAGUGGAUUUCUAGUGUCGGGGUUGAAAAUGUUGGGAAAAAGCUUGUGAAUUCAAAGGAGGGACCUCCGACGUUUGAGCAACCAAAGAUGACUCUUGAGAAGCUCCUUGAGUAUGGAAGCAUGCUUGUCCAAGAACAGGAAAACGUAAAGAGAGUCCAACUGGCUGACAAGUACUUGAAUGAGGCAGCCCUUGGAGAUGCAAAUGAAGAUGAUAUGAAAAGAGGAACUUUCUAUGGUUAGCACCCUUUGUCCUAAAGGCUUUGAUUGGAGGUUUGCAUCUGGAAUAUGAUUAAGAAGGGAUCAAGAUUUUAGAUGAGUUUGUUUAAGCUUCUUUUUCAUUGUUUAUGUGCAGGCAAAGCAGCACAACAAGUUAACCUUCCUGUUCCUGAAGGCUGCACUGAUCCAAAUGCACCAAACUUUGAUCCAACAGCUCGGAGUGACAAUGGGAGCUGCCUGUACCAGUUCUAAGUAUGUUCUAGGAAUUAGAGUAUGUCAACAACAGAGUAGCCACAAAAAUGAUGUAUGUAUUUAAUGAUGUCAAAUAUGCUUUCUAGACUGUCUUGUAAUUGUGUUCUAAUGCAUGCUUUCUUUUGAACUUCCAAUUUUCCAACCUCG